ACUGGCGGUGACGCUUUGGAUCACGUGGUCCUGGAUACGCACGCCGUAUAUCUUUUCCGUUCUCGUUCGGCUGGUCAUGUCGACUCGACAUAAACAAGACCAAAGGGGCCAUUGUACUGGUUGUGGUCACUGCCGAGUUUAUACCAGUGCAGCCGGCGCAGUCGGAGAAACAGGUUCGACUUUCUGGUCGCAACAGGCAUUGAUUGGAGUUUCUUACUGAUGUUAUUUACAUGCAUAUUUAUUGUGGAUGGUUUAAAACAUUUUCGGUCCCAGAUCAUCUAGCUACAAGGUUUCCAGUCAGCUGCUAAAAUCAUCCCUUGCGCAGUGGAGGGUGUCCCCAAAAAGUCAAGGAGGAGCAUGAGUCACUUGGGUCACUGCAACCUCAUCACUGCUGUUCAUCACACCUGAGGCCCCCCUUCAACCUGGAAGUCACCCCGUGCACAUUUUAACCUCUCCAGUCAUGGCCAGCAAGAGGAAAUCCACAAUCCCAUGCAUGAUCCCCCCAAAAACCACACGUCCCCCCCAGGACCGGGACUCCAGCCCCACCGACCCUCCGCCACCCACUACCAAAAAUGGGGCAUCCCGGGAAGGGAGGGAGGAGGAGGAAGAGGCCAUACCCGCUGCUGUAACCACCAUCGUGAGAGUGCCGGGCUCAAAGGAGUGCAGCCAGUCCUCCUGGCCUGAAGAGGAUGCUGUUUCGCAACAGGGAGGGGACUCCUACACCUGCCCGCCUUGUCGCUUUGAGUCCCGGGACCUCAACCUGUUCCUGGACCACGUGUACAGUGGCCACCCCGAAUUCCGCGCUGACCCCACCUUCCACUGCACAAACUGUGGAGUUUCCUGUCCUAAAUUUGAGGGGCUUGCACUGCACAAUGCACGAGCGCACCCCACCUUGGGCGCAGCGGGCAGCCCCACUAGCGCUGCCCUGCAGGUGAGGCGACAGGAGCGGCGAAUUCGGGUGGAGCAGAGCCUGAUCACCGGGGAGGGGACAAGGGAGGCGGAGAUCUCCAUCACAAAAACGCCGAUCAUGAAGAGGCUGAGGGGGAAGUCGGAGCACAAGCGCAUCGUGGUGUCCCACAUGGGGGCAGCGGAGGAGCCGGGCCCAGAGGUAGGGAGAAAGGACCCCCAAAUGACCAUGCCCCCCCCUGCCAUCCUGACCUCCCCUACCAGCGUCACUCACAAUGGGACGGUCCCCAAGGCCCUGCCCCCUCUCCCGUCGGCCAUACAGAUCGUGAAUGGCUCGAGUGCACUGCCCCUGCUCAAGACGGCCAUCAGCCAGGUGGUGACGGUGGUGCAGAACCGCACCCCGCACCAGUCUGCCCCCAUCACCGUCUCCUCCUCUUCGUCUUCCUCCUCCUCCAGCCCCUCCUCCAGGAACCUGCCCAAAGUGAUGAUCCCGCUUAGCAGCAUCCCCACCUACAACGCCGCCAUGGACUCCAGCAGUUUCCUCAAGACCUCCUUCAGCAAGUUCCCGUACCCGACCAAGGCGGAGCUCUGCUACCUGACCGUGGUCACAAAGUACCCUGAGGAGCAGAUAAAGAUCUGGUUCACUGCCCAGCGGCUCAAGCAGGGCAUCAGCUGGUCCCCGGAGGAGAUUGAGGACUCCCGUCGCAAGAUGUUCAACACCAUCAUCCAGGCGCCAUCCGCUGGCCAAUCGCAGUCUCCGCAGGCGCGCCACACCCACCAGGGCCCUUCCCACCACACUAUCACUGUCCUGCCCACGGCGCUAGGUUCAGGGGGGGUCCCCCAUAUCCUGCAGGGCAGCCUGGUGGGGCAGGGGGGUAUGAUAGUCACCCAGCCCAUGAUCACUAAUGGCCUGCAGGUGAGCAGCGCCCCUGUGACCCUGGCCGUGACGCCCCGCCCCCAGCCCCGUCCCCAGACACAGGCCCGGCCGGCCACAGCAGUGGGGGCUGAUAAGAGUGGAGCUGUGGGGAGCAGCAGUCGGGUCCCUGGAUCAGCCGUUACCAGUGGCAACAGCAUCACCAGCAGCAAUAGCCUUAACAGCAUCAUCACCAGCAGCAUCUGCAGUAACAGCACCAGCAACGGUAGCACCAGCAACAGUAGCACUGGCAGUGGGAGUGCCAGCAACAACACUAGCAAUGCCAGCAAAGCCAGCGAAAACACUGCCACCAGUAAAAGCAAUGGCGAUGGCUGCAGCAAAACGGGCGACUCGGCAGCCAUGGUUCCAGCUGCACCCAUCCUCAGGGGGGCACCCAGCUCUCGAACCCUCCCCAGCAGCUUCCUGGACCCCAGCUUCUACAAGAGCAAGAAGUCUGCAGAGCAGCUGGGGACGCUGAAGCAGAGCUUUGUGCGCUGCGAGUUCCCCGGGCAGGACGAAGUGGAGCGGCUCACCAAGCUCACCGGCCUGACCGUGCGCGAGGUGCGCAAGUGGUUCAGCGACCGCCGCUAUCACAACCGCAACCUGAAGGGCCCGCGGUCAAGCACGGGAGGGGUGCCCUUCACUGGGGGCACCCUCCUCGACCUCACUGACAGCCCCUCCUCCUCUGGGAGCCCCCAGUCGCCCCUAGCGACGGCGACUGUGGCCACAGCGAGUGCGGCGCGGCGGGCGCCACCAUCUCAGAUGGCGGAUUUUACUGCUGUGCGCUACAAGGAGCGGGACCCCCAGCAGGUGCGCGCCCUGGAGGCGAGCUACGCCCUGGACCCCCUGCCGUCCACUGAGGAGGUGGACCGACUGCGCGCCGAAACCAAGAUGACCCGGCGUGAGAUCGACGGCUGGUUCUCUGAACGCCGCAAGAGGGCCACGCCAAAAAGCAAGAGUGGGGAGGGAGAGCAGGAGGAGGAGGAGGAUGAAGAAGAGGAUGAUGAUGAUGGGGGAGAAGGGAAGAGCGACCCGGACGACCCCUUGCUGGGGACGUCAUCACAGCAGUGCACCAAGGAGAAUGAGCUCAAGGUCAACCCCAAGGUCAACCCCAUCAAAAUCAAUCUAAAGAUGCUGAAGGUGACCAAGCCCGAGCCCGAGUCUGGAGCGCACUCCGAGCGCGAGUCCGACAGCCCUAAAUCUCCGCCCCCGUUCACUUCCAGCCGCGGGAAGAAGACGGCGGAGCAGCUGCACCUGCUCCGGCAGGUCUUCGCGCGCACCCAUUGGCCGAGCAGCCUGCAGUACGACCAGCUGAUCGCCCGCACCGGCCUGCCACGCCCCGAGGUGGUGCGCUGGUUCGGAGACAGCCGCUACGUCUACAAGAACGGCCAGCUGAAGUGGCUGGAGAGCUACCAGCGUGCAGCAGCCGCUGAAGAGAAAGAGGGGGAGGAGAAGAACGACAAGGAGGAGGAGGAAGGAGAGGAGGAGGGAAAGGGAGACACUACAGCACCGAAGGACCGGGGGAAGCCGAAUAAGGAGGAGGCCCCGGGAGCAGAGGGACUGGUGGAGUCCAGCAGACCUGGCACAGAGGGGCGGAGCCAGCGGGUGCACCAGGCACAGGAGAGCAGGAGGGCUGAGGAGGAGGAGGAGGAGCUGGAGGAAGAGGAGGAGCAGGACCAAGGUGCUGUGAAGAAGGAAGGGGAGCAGGCCAGGAGCAGUCCAGCCUGUGAGGAGGGGGAGAAGGGGUCUGCUUCGGUCCCUGUGGUCCAGUUUGCCAAGCCCAGCCCCAAUGGCUCUUCACGGGACGGGUCCCCAGGAAAAGCCCGCCCACCAGAACCCGAACCACGAGCUGAAUCUUACGGACUCUGAGGUGAGGACGGAGUGUGGCCGGAUGACGCUGGUUGCCAGGGAAACGAGGGGCGGCUGGUUUUCUGAAAGCAUCGGGGGCUGGAGGGGGGGUGUUUAAUAUGACAGCAGCUGUGCAUGUGAUGGGAUUUGUAGACUGACUUAAAUCCCGAAAGAAAAAAAAGCCCCUCCCUCACCAUCCUUCCCACCAUCAUCUGCCCAAAAAAGCUGGGGGAAAAAACAAACAGGAAAAAAUAGAAGCAGGGCACAGAGCUCUGUUGACGAUUGGGGUGGCUUUUGUCAGACCAAGCCAACAUUUGGGAGCACAUGGAAAGGGGGAAGCCAGCCUACAUGAAAGAGAAUACACGCACACACGUCGUAUGAAUCUUGCCAGUCACAUCAGUGCUGCCCAAGGGAUUAUGGGAAAUGAUGUUGGGAUGUGGACCUCUGGUUAGAAGAUGUGAUAGGAAAUGUAGCGCUACAGAGAAGGGGGGCGUGAGGAGUAAAGGAAAUGAGCGAGAAGACGUUUUGUUUGUUGUAUUUCUUACUUUUAUAGCAAACAGUACAUCAGCACAGCCUUGAAUUCUAUUUCUUCUAUUUCUCUUAUCUCAGAUUUGUAAAGAUUUAGGUUUAUAACUUUUUUCCUUCUGUAAUCGAUUACUGUCAGUCCAGAUAUAUUUGUGUAUGUAUUUAGCGGAUCACUCCAUCAGUAUGGAUUUUUGCACUAUGUACCCAGUGGGACGGUUAUGCUGAAAUCGCGUUAACCGAAGGGAGCCUUUGAUUGUACACUAAACAAGCGGCAGGCGAUCAGUGUUACACUGUUACAGAGGUCACUCACCAAUGCACACUCAACACAUCACCUUGUAACCAGCCUUCCAGCUGUCAUAAAAACUAUUAGACUAACACAGACGUAGAGACGUUUUGAAUAGUGUAUUUAACACAUACGAGUGAUAAAACAUGUUACUCCAGCAAACUGGCAAUGCGGAAUAACGUAUUGCAGAUGCAGAAUCAAGGACACGAUGGUCAAGCAAAGCCGACUAGCGGCUAAUGACCUGCAUUCUGUCAACUAAUCGAGAGCUAACAUUAAACCGCUUUUUCAUCAACAGCCAAACAAAUUCAGUAAAUCAGCAUUUUUCAGUUUCUUCUGAAAAUUGUGAAACUAUUACACUUGAAACAGAAGGAGCUUUGCUGUCAACACCAUGCAUCAAGUGGCCUUUAAAAAAACUGAGCAUGUUGGAGCUAAAAUGCUCACUGUUUCUGUCUGGUUCGCAAAAUUAGCAAAUAUUCCUGGACUUACAGAACUCUUAUUAUAACUGUGUAAGACAAUUUGUCAAACUGCAGUUUUACCAGAAUUAUUCAUACCUAGCCGUGCUUUUUCAUUUUUUCGUCUGGAUCUUUGCAAAAUAAAUGAAAUGCAACAAUUUU